CGUGGAACCCAACCAGCAACGGGAAGAGAGUCAUCUCGUGCAUUUGGUUUCUGUCGACUUUCAUCAUCGGCUCCGUGUACCGAGGGAACCUGAAGGCGAUGCUCAUCCUUCCCAAGCUACAGCUUCCCUUUGACAACCUGCAACAGCUUCUUGACAGCAAGAUCGAGACUUACGUGCCUCGAGGAUCUGCUCUAAUGCAAACCAUUCAGGAAUCUUCCUCGAACUCGGGACUCUACCGCCUUAAAAACCAGCUUUCUUCAGAAGCGAACCCAUUUAAGGCUUCUGAUUUGCUAGUAAGAGGCAGUAUUGCAGGAUUCACAAGCGAACAGCUCCUGCUUUACAUUAUGCAUGACAUUUACAGAAAGACCAAAACCUGCCCUUUAUACCUAGCAUCACAGAAGUUCUUUGAAGCAACAAGUAUUGGACUUGGAUUCCCAAAAGGCUCACCUCUAAGGGACAAGAUCAAUCCUAUAAUCUAUAACUUAAAAGAAUUCGGUAUUCUGGAUCACCUGUUCAAGAGGAGGAUCAAGGAUGCUUACUUGUGUCUCAUAAAAGAAUCCCUUGGGACAGAUGCCCUUCGACCUUUGGAUGUUGGCGAUUUCUAUGGAGUUUUCUGCGUUUACCUUGGAGGAAUUGUAACGGCAGUUAUUGCAUUCAUUUUCGAGGUGAUUAUAAGGAGGAAAAAUCAUGCUGAAUGAUAGCUGGCUCAUCCAAGACCAAGAAACUGCUCUUGCCACCUUGAUAUGGAACGGUGAUGAUGAAAACUUUAACGCUAAUAUAUGGACAAUGAGAAAAUCAAGAAAAUCAAGCUUCAACUCUUAUGGUUAUUUGUCUAUCCUCAAAAGUAGUUUUGGCAAUCCAAUGAUUAUGAUAUCCCUAACAAAGCAUAAAAGUAAAAUGUUAAUUAGCCAUUUAUUUAACAUUUUACUUAUGUAACUACCAUCAUAAAAGGUGUUUUCAUCAUGAACUGUUGGGUUUGCAUUACUUUUAUUUUUAUGUAGGGUAUGUGUUGUAACUUUUGAAGAAAGAAUAGAAUUUGUUUAUGCUUUCUAUAUUAACACAUGAACAUUUCCUGACAAAAUCUGUAGUAAUUCUGAGUGGUCUUAUACAGUACUCUGCUGUCAUACCAAUAAAAAUAACUCUUUUCCAAUGACCUUCUCACCCAAUUAUUUCUUAAUUUCA